CGGCGGGAUCCUCGAAGGAACGCAACCAACAAAACGUCAGCAUCAAGUGGCAUUGGAAAACGUUGAACUGGUGAGGCGCCAAAAACCGCCGUUUCGAACGUCUCCGGACGCUUGCCCGCUUGUUGGUAUUUUUUACAGAGAGACGACAAAACACGAACACUUCCCUACGAGCUGCCGACAACGACCGGCGCCAUUGGAAAUGGUCGGGGGGAGGGGACACCGUCCCCGGAAGUUGCGUGGGCCACGUGACUAAGCAACACGUCAAUCACACGCCCUCAACAAUCAAACUCCUUCCAAUUUCUUUAUUGAUCUCGAUUUAGUGGUCGGAAGAUCAAUCGAAGCGCCAAAGGAUGCAGUGAAGUUUGGACUUGGCCCCCGUCACGAGGACAAACACGAGCGAAUGCCUUGAAGAGGCUCCCGUUACCGGAAGUCGGAGGGGCGGGUCUCGCCGAGCUACACAACGGAGCCCGUCCGCGGGCCCGAACCGAGCGGAGCCGGGGUGAGCUGAGCUGAGCUGAGCCGAGCCGAGCCGAGCCGAGCCGUCCCGCGCCGUCCUGUCAUGGUGUCUCGGCGCGGAAGUGGGACAUGGCGUCGCUAGUGGGCUCGAGUGACGUCAACGACGCCGAACCGGACGCGUCCCUGCGUCAGAUGCUCAAGGCCAUCGCAGACGAACGCAACCGACUCGACGCUCGCCGGGACAUCGGCGGCCUGGGCUGCGUAAAGGACGACCGCAUCGUGUUCUGGACGUGGAUUUUCUCGACGUACUUUAUGGAAAAGUGCGCGCCGCGGCAGGACGACAUGCUGUUUUACGUGCGCAGGAAGUUGGCCUACGCGGACGCGGACGACGGCGAGUGCAAGAAGCAAGUGGAGGUGGAAGUUUACCGGCGAGACUCCAAGAAGCUUCCGGGCCUCGGAGACCCGGACAUUGACUGGGAGGAGAGCGUCUACCUCAACCUUGUCCUGCAGAAGCUCGACUACGUGGUGACGUGCGCCGUGUGCACGCGUUCGGACGCCGGCGACAUCCACGUGCACAAGAAGAAAUGUCAGGAAGUGUUUGCGUCUCCCAGCAAGCACGCCAUGGACAGCAAAGGCGAGGAGUCCAAGAUCAGCUACCCAAAUAUCUUCUUCAUGAUUGACAACUUUGAUGAGGUGUUCCAGGACAUGAGUGUGGGCGAGGGCGAGAUGGUGUGCGUGGAGCUGGUGGCCAGUGACAAGUCCAACACCUUCCAGGGCGUCAUCUUCCAGGGAUCCAUUCGCUACGAGGCACUCAGGAAGGUCUACGACAACCGGGUGAGCGUGGCGGCUAAGAUGGCACAGCGCAUGUCGUUUGGCUUCUACAAGUUCAACAACAUGGAGUUUGUCCGCAUGAAGGGGCCACAGGGCAAAGGUCACGCCGAGAUGGCCGUCAGCAGGGUGCCCGACGGAGCGGACGCCCACCACCAGCAGGAGGACCGCUCGCCCGCGCACGACAGGGUGACGUCGUUCAGCACGCCGCCGACGCCCGAGAGGAACCGGCCGUCGUUCUUCUCGCCGUCGCUCCGGCGCAAGGUCCCGCGGCACAAGAUGGCAGAAAUGAAGAAAUCGCACUCGGCCAACGACAGCGAGGAGUUCUUCCGGGAGGACGAGGACCAAGAGCUGGGCGGCGCCGGCAACCUGCGCUCGCGCUCGCUGUCGGGGACGGGUCGCUCGCUGGUGGGAUCGUGGCUCAAGCUCAACCGCGCCGACGACUACUUCCUGCUCUUCUCCCACCUGACCUACGUCACGCUGCCGCUGCACCGCAUCACCGCCGACAUCUUGGAGGUGCGUCAGAAGCCCAUCUUGAUGACGUAGCGGCGGCGCGGGCGCCUCGCUAGCAAGUGCCUCCCGGGCCGGCGGCCGUCCGACAAGUGCCUCCUCUUCCGACUUCUCUUGGCGCUCAUCUUCACCGCGGCACCUCGGCAAAAAACUCAGGAAGUGAGGUCACGGGCGUCUGUCUCGGAGAACGUCGCUCGACGGCGGAUUAGAAGGGACGUCGCUUGACGGGAAUCGACGUGCCGGAAGUCGGUGCGGCCGGGGGGGCCGCCCUUCUCCGCCCGGAAGGCGCGCGUCGCCCCCGACGACAUGGACUUGACUUUUAUCACCGACACGACUCGCGAUGUUGCGCGACGCACCGUGGCGCCCUUCACGUCUGUCACGCGCCAAGACGACCAAAUUAAAGCAGAGACACAAA